UUGUAGACAUUAGGUGAUGAACCAAUAUUAUAUUUCAUGGGCUUGAGGCUGAGCCUUGGAUCUUUAGACCUUAGGACCCUUAGUUAGGCUCAAGGGCGUAUCUUGUAGAACUAAGUAAUAACGGUGUUAACUAAGAUUUCUCCUCUGACUCUCUGAGUAAUUGACUUUUAUAAUGAAGAUGCAAAAAUAAUAACUCAACAACAAAAUGAUAGAAAAAUCAGUGUAUAAAAAGGUAGGCAGACGGACUAAAGAAAGUAGACAAGAAUUAUAAUGCAUGGCUGUAUGAGUGUCCACAGCAGCCUUAUUUACCAAAAAUAUUGGCGUUUUCUUUAAAAUAAAAAGAUCCUAAUUCUCUGUCACUGUGUGUAUUUCUCUCCUCUCCACUGCCUUUAUAUUCUAAUUCUCUCCCAAAUCACUCAAAUUUCAUCACCAUAUUUUCCGUGAAACAUUUUUCUCUCUCUAGAAGUAAAAAAUGAUUAACGUUGCGAUUGUGGUGCUAAUUUUGGGAACAUUUGGAACAGGGGUUAAUUCCCAGAAUUUAAUAAGUUGGAACAAACUGAAGAUGUUUGUUGAUGAACUUCCUGAUAUACCCAAAUUAUAUGGGUAUAAAGUUGUUGGUGGAAAAGCUGUUCCGACUUAUUUGAAAAUUGGCAUGUUCCAAAAGAAUUGGAAAUUUCAUAGAGACCUUCCAGCAACACCGGUAUUUGCCUAUGGUACAUCAAAGAAGAAGGCAACAGUUCCAGGGCCAACAAUUGAGGCACUAAAUGGUGUAGACACCUACAUAAGAUGGGAAAAUAAUCUUCCUAAGAAGCACAUCCUUCCGUGGGACCCAACCAUACCUACGGCGAUCCCACGGGGUCAAGACGGGGUCCCCACGGUGGUGCACCUUCACAGUGGGAUAGUCGAGCCUGAAAGUGAUGGUCAUGGACAUGCUUGGUUUACUAAUGGUUUUAAAGAUAGAGGAGCUCGUUGGAGUAAGAAAACAUACCAUUAUCAUAAUCAACAACAACCAGGAAACAUGUGGUACCAUGAUCAUGCAAUGGGGUUGACUAGGGCUAAUCUUUUGGCUGGAUUGAUUGGUUCUUAUAUUAUUCGAUAACCACAAGUUGAGGAUGCUCUUAAAUUGCCUUCCGGUGACAGUUUUGAUAAGGUUAUGGUUGUUUGUGAUAGGGAUUUCUACAGGAAUGGAUCUCUUUUCAUGAAUAGCACUGGAAACAACCCAAACAUACACCCGGAAUGGCAACCAGAAUAUUUCGGGAAUGUGAUAGUAGUAAACGGGAAGGCAUGGCCAUACAUGGUGGUUCAACGUCGGAAAUACCGGUUUCGAAUUAUUAACACUAGUAACGCUCGAUUUUUCAGAUUCUACCUAAGCAAUGGGCUUUCAUUCAUUCAUAUAGGAUCCGAUUCAGCUUAUCUGGAUCGACCCACAUUGAGUAAAUCCACAUUGGUGGCUCCCUCUGAGAUAUCGGACGUGAUUAUCGACUUUUCGAAAUCUAAAUCCAACUCUGCUGUGCUUGCUAAUGAUGUUGUUUAUCCUUUUCCAUCAGGGGACCCGGUAAAUGAUGCAAACAGCAAGGUGAUGAAGUUCAUAAUAAAGAAACAACGUGUGGAUGACCCGGCCCAUAUACCAAAAUGGCUAAUAAAAUAUUCAUCACCAAACUUAUCCACUGCUUCACGGACUCGUUACAUUUCCAUGUACGAGUACACAAGUCCAUCCAACGAACCCACCCAUUUGUUUAUAAACGGACUAUCAUUCGACGCUCCAGUAACCGAGUUCCCUAAGGUGGGGUCCAGUGAGAUAUGGUAUGUGAUUAAUCUAACAGAGGAUAAUCACCCGCUUCAUGUACAUCUAGGAUUGUUUAAGGUAUUGGAGCAAACAAAAUUGCUGGAUUUUGAUAAGUUUAAGGAUUGUAUGGCCAACAAAAACAACGCAGAGAGGUGUAAUGUACACAAACAUGCACGGGGUAAAAAAUUAGAUGUAACAAAGCAUGAAAGAGGGUGGAAGAAUGUGUUCAAAAUGUGGCCAGAUUAUGCAACAAAGAUAUAUGUGAGAUUCUCUUACAUUCAUACCAACGCUUCCUACCCUUUUGAUGCUACUAAGGACCCUGGUUAUGUCUACCAUUGCCACAUACUAGAUCAUGAGGAUAAUGUCAUGAUGCGACCGUUUAAGUUGGUAAAUUAGGAUUUGGAGGACGACCUGAGAUCUCAUGCAUGUUAUUAUCACCAAGCUAAAGGAAAUUCAGUUGGCCAUAAAUCAUAAUGCCCCCCAUAUAUAUAAUAUCAACUAUAUAUGCCUUCUCAGUUCUCCCAUUAAGUCAAAAAUUUGUAGAUUUGUACCGCAGACAAACGCGCGCCACACCUCAAAAUACUGUAAUUUCUCGAUUCAUCAUCUCGCCUAAGAACAUGUAUUCAGAAAAUUAAUGUACUCCACCAAAUUUACAUGUGUCCGAGGGCCUACAAACGAGUUUGAUGGACUUGGGUUGUGUUCUGUUCUAGCUAAUCUUGAUAAAAGUUAUUAAUAUUCAACCUAACUUGGGCUUGAACGAGUUUUAUAAAUUCUUAUUCCAACGUGGUUUAUAAAGAGUUUGGUUUGUUCACAAACAUGCUCGUUUGCAUUUCAAGUUUGAGUUCAAACUCAAUCAAAAAAAUGCCCUUAAAUUACCUUUAAAUCAUAAUUGUAUCCACGAUCUGUUUAGUUUAACUCAUGUUUUUUUUUCCAAUAUAGCUUUCCGUACCUAAAAAAAAUGGCUAAAUUUUAAUUAGUAUCGAAAACAUUUUUUGUACUCCCUCAUUCCAAUUAAUCGUCUCAAUU